AUGCAAGUAAUUGGUAAAAAGAUGUCAUUACAAGGUCGUUGGGUUGCAAAGAACUCAAAGACUUUGCCUAUGAGCCAACGAUAUGAUCAACAGCAAGAGUUGAAUCAAUCAUAUGCAGAUCUUUUCAAAUUACCUGUUGAAAUUCUGUAUCGAAUUUUUGAUUAUCUUACUGCACAAACAAUAACAUUAUCGUUACGUUAUGUCUGUCGAAGGUUACGAGCUAUAGUUGAGAAAUAUUAUCGAUAUUCUCUUGAUUUUGAAGAUAUCGCCAUGGUUACAAUGUGGCAAAUGUGUCGAUCGAUUCAACCCGAAACAGUUGUAUCACUCAAAUUAUCGGAUGGUGCAAGAACUCCCCAACAAAUUGAAUAUUUCCUCUCACUAGUUGAUAUUAGCAAGUUCAACUGA